UCCGCUCCAACUAAUCUCGAAACCCCUCCCAUUUCUUGUUAGUAUCCAUUUUUACUAAUUCAAUUAUAAAAAUGGCACUUAGCCACUGAAGUUGGUAAAAAGCAAAUUAGCCACGAGGUUCCAGUUACUCCUCUGGGAAAUCAAAAAUUUAAUCUGCAGUUGUAACUAAAUAUCCCUGCUUGGCUGCUUUUCUUUGUCAAAAAUCAGACUGUCACCCUUAUUUUAAUUAACCACGGGUUAUACUUUUGUUCCAGUAUACCCCACUUCGGUAUUUUUAUCAACAAAAAAGAUCUUACUGAUUUUUUCAGCCUUUCGUGUUGUUUAGUUUCAGAAGCCGAAUAGUUGAUUCCAAUAUCUUGUUCAAAAAUGAUGAGGCUCAAGGGUGGAAUUGAGGCCCUUAUUGAACAAACUAAGUCAUCAAAUGCUGAUCUUAUUAUACCUCUGUGGCCCAACUAAAAAGCGAUUUUUGCAUCAAUGGCAGCAUUAAUCAAUAUUUUGCCUCUAGUUAGCUGAUAAGUAGGGAAGAGCUCUCAGCAUUGAUUAUGAAGAGUUCCCUUUGAAUUGACCUUUUUGUUUUCAAAUCACGAAUUAGAGGGGUCGUUUGGAAAAGUGCAGUGAAAUGUUUAGUGCUAUAAGUAUCAAAUUUCACUGUUUUCCACGAAAUUUAAAUUGUGGUUGAGCUGAAAAGUGCUCAUUGUCUCUAAGAAAGUUAACAGUUUUAGAAAAAUAGAAAAGUGUUUUUGUAGUGCCCAGAUAGCAAUACAGAUGUAAGAUUAAGAAGUAACUUUGAAUGGGGUUAAUUUAACCGCGAAUUGUCUUGCGCCCUGGUUGUAAGGAAAAUACCCGCGAGACAAAAUAAUAGGGGCUCUUAUGUAGCUGAUUUAUGUCGCUUGUCAUCGUUAUUUAGCAUUCUUUCCCUUCAGCGCUCGCCUGCAUUGGCCUGAUUGAAUUUCUGUAAACAACGAGCGACAUGUCUUAUUUUUGAACAACCAGAACCGACGGGGGCUGCAGUUACCUUGUUGCGGAAUUCCCUUUCGGUACUAGAUUAAAAGACUUCUAUCGCUAUCGCCUGGGGCUAAUUUUCAACGCUCCCCUCUCAGCCACCGCCUCAUUGGGUCCAUUGAUGCUGUGACAUUUCGCACUUUUUGCACCUACUUUAACCCUUACUUAUACUUACCAACGCUUGGUCACAGCACUGAUCAUUCAGCAUUUGACACCUUAAAGUGCACACAUAUACUAUCAUUGAGCUAGUGUAGUCGCAAAUGUCCAAUUUUAGAACAAAUUUGUUAAUUUGGCCUGUAUAACUUAACUAGUAUCAAGUUAUACUAUCUAUAAAAUCUUAUUUUUCCAUGUUUCAAAAUUGUUUUACUUGGAAAUAUAUUUUGCUGUUCGAGCAGUUGGUUUUUAUAGCAUAUGGCAUUUUCGAGAUAUAGCCAUUAAUGUGUCAAAAUUUUGCCCUCAAAAUGACUGCUUUUUGGCGUUUAAUUUAUUGUUUUUUCUUUUUCUUCUCCAAUUGACGUUUCUUUAACCUCUUGUUUAUCAUGGGGCAUCAGAACUCUAGUUCUGCCGAAUUUGACCUUUUCUCGCUAAACAACUCUUACUCGCAUCUGUAUUACAGUGAAUCAGAAUGCAAAGUGGUAGCUCUGGUGAUGCUGCUGCUGGCGGUGGUUGGCUCCCUCUUCAACAUCUGUGUGCUGGUGGUGUAUGCAGGCAAGAGGAACAAGUGUACCUUCGAGGUUUUUGUCUUCUUCCUCGCAGCUGUCAACCUCUCAGGUUCUUUGGUGGCCAUGCCAGUUGAAACUGUGGUUGUAUGGGCGGAUUCAAGAGAGGCAUGCAACUCACCGCCCGACUACACGUUGGUGGUGACAAUGGUGCUGGAGUGUGCUUCCAUCCUGUCUCUCCUCAACAUAGCGGUAGACAGGUACUUCUCCAUCUGCUGGCCCACGCACAGUGUCAUCACGGAGUCCAGGGCUCAGCAGCUAUGUGCUGUAGUAGUCGCCGUCGCACUUCUACUUGCUGUCAUCCCAUUCUGUCUUUCUGAGAGUAUAAUGGAGAUUCAUUUGAUCUACUCUGUGGCGGCUGCCAUAGUCCUCCUCUGCAUCAGUCUGUUGUAUGUCAUGGUCUUCCUCAAAGUACGAGCCACAGCAUCCAGAUUCAGACGCAACCGGUUCCAGGCCGCUCAGCGAUCACUGACGAUUAAAGAUAAUUCUAAAGAUUCUCAAAUUGCAUCAACAUCAGUGUAUACAGUGGCUGCCGAUCUCAAAAAAGGGAGCACCAGCCAGAGUCUCCUAACCGUGGAGUCAAUCCAGUUUGCAGAACGAAGAUCUAGCGGGGCACCACGGACCCAGAGUAUUAGUAUUUCUCAAAUACAUGAACACCAGCCGACAUCUGAUGGAGUGAGCAAUUCAGCUUUACAGUCGAGUGCAAUUGAUUGUUUAAUUGAAUUGGAUCAGACUGAGCAACCAGGCACGUCCCGGCCACAUGAGGUUGUUCGGGCUGUGGGCAGUUUGAGUUCCGACUUGAUCACUUUGGCCGACGAGAAUCCGAAAAAGGAUACUCGUUCAAGAGCUCUUCCUCCUCUCCCUCCUAAUUCAUCCAGAAUGUCAAUGGCGAGAGCGAAUCGCGCCAGAUUUCAGUGUCACCGACAAUCUUCCGAGAAGGGACUUCAUGAAGCCAUGCAGAGUAGGACGGCCAAGAUCCUGACCAUCAUCACUCUCUGCUACGCCCUGUGUUUCCUGCCCUCCAGUGUGAUCAACUUCAUAUUCUACAUCCACCCAAACAUCUUCCUCGCCAACCCACCAACUGUGACGUGGCUUGUGAAGCACCUGCAACUGCUGUACAAUUUGAACUUCGUCCUGUCCCCGAGUGUCUAUUCGCUAUUCUCCGAAUCAUUCCGAAAAGACGGUGUCGCCCUCACGAAUCGGCUGAGACGAAAACUCACUAUUUAAGUUUCUCUUCAGGGUGAGAUUUUCCUUCGGCUGAACAUGCUUCGAAGAAUUCAACAUGCUUGUCUUCAUAAUCAUCAGUAAUUGUCUAUUAGAGAAUGUAAUGAGAACUUGUUUCAGUCUCAACUUGUUUUCUAGUCAUUAGAAGAUUUUAUUCUAAGUUUUAUAUUUGGGUUGGCCUGUGAGUUUCCCUUAAUUUGUAUAUUCGCAUUGUUUAUAAUUUAUUGAUAAACACUUUAGUAUGUAGGAUUAUGCCUGGUUUGAUUUCAAUGCAGAUCCAUGUUCUAGUAAACUGUGAAAAAUUGAUACAGAUUGUUAGCUUUGCCAUGUAUGUCGCCAUUGAUCAAAUUUCAAAGCUAACCCCGAUUAUGGAAGAGAAUUAGCUGUAGUAUAAAUGUUGAAUUCUGAAUUGAGUUUUUUUUAAA